AUGGGAACAAAGAAGACAAGAAUCAACGUGGCAGUGCAAGUGCGUCGCUUAGGUUUGUAUUGCAGGCACCGCAUAUAUCUAAUUCAGUCAAAGGUUGCUUUGAGAGUUGGUCAUUGGCCCAAUUGGCCCUGAGCUUUUGGGCAUACGAAACUCACUGCAAUGACUUGCUUAAAUGACCGCCAAAUAAUAGUAUAGCUUCCCGAGAGCGUAAUUGCCCAAUGCCCAAAGCAAUCCCCUUGAUUGAACAAGGUAUGAAUAGAUUAAACAUUCAGUUUAAUGUCAGUCGUCUAAUCCAUAAACCAUUGCGACCUUUGUUAAACAUCUAAGAUGCAUUGCAAAGGUGUAUCAUAAGUAACUGUCUGUCUAGUUAGAGUCCUCUUCACUGUACCUUAAGAGUUAAUAAUAGGCCCCCUUCACUUUUUUAUCUACAUAAUGAUCCUCCAAACUGUCUGAAUGCUGGUUCUACAUUUUCUGCACCUAGCAUACCUGAUCUCGAAUUACAGAUCAAUACUGAAUUGAAGCAUAUUGAUCUCUGGCUUAAAGCUAACAAUUUAAGUCUCAAUGUCGCCAAAACAGAGCCUAUGAUUAUUAGCUCGGGGCAGAAACUACAAUCUUUAAAUGACUACACGAUAAAAAUUUAUAAGGAUGGCGUCCAACUAAACGAAACAACUCGUAGCAAAUUUAUUGGGCUUACGGACGAUAAUCUCUCUUGGAAGGCCCACCAACAUGACAUUUCAAAAAAGCCCCCUGAAACAUUGGUGCGCUUAAGCGAGUCGAGCCAUUUGUUUCUAUGUUAACUGGAGUUUCAUACUUAAAAUUCCUUAUUAGCAAAUCAAAUACAUGAAUCGGCACUCUUUCUUUAGUCACUUGCAAUGUUACUCAAUUUGCUAAUUCAGCCCUGCACAAUAAUCCAGUUGAUGUCAAAUUUUAAAACUUUUUACUUGGCCAAAUAAUAUUUUGUUUGACAUGUUAAAGAAAGUUUUUUUGACUUAGCUUUUGAAAACUCCGUCAUUGUGGGAAACAACAGAAACCACUUGACCUCCUUAAGCAACUGGCUUAAAUCUGUGACAAAAAGCGUGAAUUCUUUCUGGAAGCGCUGUUGGGGUGCAUCCGUGGACGGCUGGGCUGCAAGUACAUUUCACUCCCGAUGUGAUGGCAAGGGCCCGACUGUGACAAUAAUAAGGGUUGGGAGAUACAUUUUUGGAGGAUACACUAGUAUUUCAUGGGGUAAGUGAACAUUGUAAACCAGACGAUUGUGCCGUUAUUUAAGCAUAUGUUCAGUUAAAAGUGCAGCUUAGUACUAAGAUGGCCGCGGAUAAAGGUUUAUAGGGUUGGCGAAUCUAGAUGCGGGUACACAUCCCUGGCCCUUCAAGGACCAAGGAUCGCCCUAUCUCAGUAGACUUAAUAAGGUGUGAGGCAGCAUGGCCGAGUGGUCAGUGCGUAGGACUCGCAAUCCGGCAGUUCCGGGUUCGAGUCUCCCUCUGGCCACUUGCUGGAUUUGUUCUCGGUCGUCCCGAGUUCAAAUCAACGGCCACGCUUGUAAAAUAGCCCACUGGUUGCCUCCUGUCAGUUGGGGUUUUAAAUCCUGUUAUGUUGUGUCUGAAUUAUUUGUUUUUGAAGUAUUUACUGAUUGUAAAUCGCUUUGAAUCACUAAGAGAAAGGCGCUAUGUAUAUGUAUAUGAUUAUUAUAAUAUUAUAUUGUUAUUAUAACUAGUCUGAAUGAGCCACAAUCCCUCUCCCCCCUCGCCCCACCUCAAGAUCUCGAUCAGGAAAGUGAUGAAUUUCUAGCUUGCAAAAACGGACCCCAUAGUAAUAAUGAAAAUAAUAAUAAUAAUAAUAAUAAUAAUAAUAAUAAUGAUAUUAAUAAUAACAGUUGUUUACAUUUGCUCUGUUGAAAACCACCAUGCAGACCACCAAGAAGUCUUUUUUAGCUAUAGUUAUACUAAAUUUGUAUUUAAUUUUCAUUUUGAGAAGAGUUUAAUAAAGUAUGUUUUUUUGGUUUAAAAAAUUGAAAAAAAAAAUAUUGUACUGUUCGAAUAUGUUUGCGCUUGAAAUUAGUUUCUUUGAUUUUAUAAUUGAAAUGUUUUUAAUUGAAAUGAAUUUUUUUAUCGAAAUGAAUUUUUUAAUCAAAACAAAGUGUUUUUUUGAUCGAAAUGAAUUGUGAAUAGUGCUUAAAAAUAAUAAUAAUAAUAAUAAUAAUAAUAAUAAUAAUUGUUGUUGUUAUUGUGAUAAAUAAUAAUAGAACAAAGUAUACAUUACUGUCGUAAGAGUAAUAUGACUAAUGGCACCACAUAAAAGAAAGCUUUGGGAGAUGGUGAGAAAAACAAAACGUAAGUUUAAAGAUUUGAUUUAGUUAAGUCACACAAAACAAUCUAAUUCUUGUUCUUUUUUUCUCAUUAACUGCAAUUUAUGAUAAUUGCAAAUCUCUGCUAAUUGACACUUCUUGUCCGCAGACACCUCACCUCAGCUCCGAUAAGCGGACAGUCCCUUAAGCCUGGUUCUCCCCAGCGUCUUCCUUAGUAUUUCAUUGAAUAAUAGCCGGGGUCGAUUACUAAUUAUUUUCGUCAAAAAGGGGGCGAUUAUUUCAAUCACUGCUCACUGUCGGAAAGUCGUGCCCCAAAUAUUUUGUGUUAUAUUGAUUCCCAUUAAAUCAACAAGAGAUCAAGUAAACCAGGGCAUUUUUAGUGCUUUAAUUAUGCCUCCUUGAUUACUUUUCAAUGUCAAUAUCCUCGGCGUAAGAGCUUCAAUCGUCACUCUGAUACGUUUUACCGCAUCAAACUCCACUUCAACUUGGAGGGCACGUGAUAAAAGAAAGAGAAGAUGGCGGAAACGGUGUGUGUGUGGGAGGCGAUUAAUCGUUGGGCUGCUAUUAUUCGAGGAAAUACGGUAUAUACAAGCACAAGCUAGAUUGAGCAUAAGGACCUAGCGAAGAUAUCUUUAACUAAAUGAAAAGCAUAAAUACAAAAAUAUCAAAACCUUGAGUUUUUCUUAUACUUAUGCUUCUUACGGUAGUGCAUAAGCGUUUCGUUAUGCUCAUGCUUAUACGUCUGCUUGCGCCAAUGUCGCUUGUGAAAACCGGGCCUUAGUCUUGAUCCCUGCAGAAACAUAAAAACACGGAUCUCAAUCUCCCGUUAGUGUAAAUCUCUCUUCGGCUGAAAAACUGACUGGUUCAAAGAGUGACCGCUUACGGUAGAUUCUAUUAUAAUUACAGCAAUACUAGAAAUGAUAAAGAAAUUCAUGAAAAAGAAACCAGAAAAGAUUGAAUUGAUUUAGCUCUUGAUAAAACAUGAUGUGCAAUACUUAUGUAAACCAAGCAACUCGAAUUUGCCUCAUUAAAAGAAAAGCUAGUAAUUAUUAUUAUUAUUAUUAUUAUUAUUAUUAUUAUGCUACUAUUAUUAUAUUAUUAAUGACAUUAUCAUAGGAACUAGGACAGUAUUACUAACUUAUUUUCAAUAUCUUUUUACUUUCUCUCUUCUAGCAUCAUCAGCUGGCAGCCAUCAAUACGACUCCAAGGCCUUUUUAUUUUCACUGGUGAACAAACCAGGAUGGGCGCCUGUUAAACUGUCUCAGACAGGGCAGAAUAGUUAUAGAAAGUUAUAUUCCAUAAAUAGUUACUCAUCAUAUGGGCCUACAUUCGGAGGAGGUCACGACAUUAACAUAAGAAGCGACGCAUCAUCCAAUAGCAAUAAUUAUAGCAACCUUGGCCAUACCUACAGCCCACCGAGCGGGUACAUCGUGUACAGCACCUUCGCACGAACUUUCCUGGCAGGAACUUACAAGUUCACACCAGCCGAAGUUGAAACCUUUUACGAAACAACCUAC